UCACAAAGUCUUGAAUUCCCCAAGACAGUCCCUUCAAUUUUCCAAAUUUUCAAUCUAGUCCUCUGAAGUGAGCUAUGGCCGAAGUGGAGGUGACCAUCUCUUCCGCCAAGGAUCUCAAGAACGUCAACUGGCGUUACGGUCUGACGAGGCCAUAUGCCGUCGUUUGGGUUGAUCCCAAGAAUAAGUCCAGCAGCAAGGUCGACGAAGAAGGGGACAUUUUCCCCUACUGGGAUGAGACCCUGAUCAUCCCCUUGCCGGGGCCGAUCGACGACGGCACCACUCUCUACAUCGACAUCGUCCACGCCGGCAGUGAGGAGGACACCAAGAAGCUUAUCGGCUCCGCCAGGCUCAGGCUGAAGGAAGUCCUUAACGACUCCGGAUACGGCGAGCGAGCCAAGCGGACUCUGCAAUUGAAGCGCCCCUCCGGUCGGCCCCAUGGGAAAAUCGAUGUUAAGGUUUUGAUCAGAGAGCCUCGCUACCGUUCCCGUGAUGCGUACUACGCAGCUCCCUAUGGAGUCCCCCCACCUUCUGCUUCUAGGGACUACGCUGCUCCGCCACCUUACGGCGAUCCAUACGGCUCAGCUCCACCGCCACCAGCAAACCCCUACUACCAGGCACCCCCACCGUCUGGUUACCCGUAUGGGCAGCCUCAGUACGGUGCGCAGCCAUAUGGGCAACCUCAGUACGGUGCGCAGCCAUAUGGGCAACCUCAGUACGGUGCGCAGCCAUAUGGGCAACCUCAGUACGGUGAAGGAUCGGCAGGGUACUAUGCACCGGAGGAGAAGAAGAAGAGCAAGUUUGGAGGGAUGGGAACGGGAUUGGCUGUGGGUGCGGUGGCAGGAGCGUUGGGUGGGCUGGCGUUAGCGGAAGGGUUUGACGCUUUGGAGGAUAAGAUAACUGACGACGCCGCGGAUAAGGUCGAGGAUGAUCUUGGAUACGACGAGGAAGACUAUUAGAUCGUCCUGAAGAUAAAAAGCACCCUGUUUGGGCGCAAAUCCUGCCUGCGAGUUGGCCUGGGGGACUCAUUCUGUUCUCUGUCUGUCUGUGUUUUUUUUUUUUAAUAUAUAUUUACUGGUUGAUGUUGAUUUUCAAACUUUUUUUUUUUUUAUUAAAUGGCCCAAACAUGG